UGAGUGGCGUUCUCCUUUUGAGAGCUCCGCCAUGGAAUAAACAGACCAGCCUCUCCUGUCUCUGCUCUGCUGUCCUCCUCCUGCUCGACCUCUCCAGGAACACAAAGGUGGAGGAAAGAAAAAGAGAAAAAGUGGUCCGGGGGUCUCACCGCGACCACACAGAGAACAGGAUUAUUACCAACAAUCAAAUAAUGAGCUGCUUUGUGGCAGACACACCGUCAGCCUGAAACAACCGGAGUGAGCGUCGAAAACCACUGAUAAGAUGGCGAACGACUCUCCAGCUAAAAGUCUGGUGGAUAUAGACCUCGCCUCUCUGCGGGACCCUGCUGGGAUCUUUGAGCUGGUGGAGGUGGUCGGUAACGGCACAUAUGGACAAGUAUACAAGGGUCGGCAUGUCAAAACUGGACAGUUGGCGGCCAUCAAGGUCAUGGACGUCACAGAGGAUGAAGAGGAAGAAAUUAAGUUGGAGAUUAAUAUGCUGAAGAAGUAUUCUCACCAUCGAAACAUUGCAACCUACUAUGGAGCAUUCAUCAAGAAGAGCCCUCCAGGCCAUGAUGACCAGCUCUGGCUGGUGAUGGAGUUCUGUGGUGCUGGCUCAAUCACUGACCUGGUGAAGAACACUAAAGGAAACUCGCUGAAGGAGGACUGGAUUGCAUAUAUCUCUAGAGAGAUUCUCAGGGGACUGGCUCACCUACAUGCCCAUCAUGUUAUUCACAGAGAUAUAAAAGGGCAGAAUGUACUUCUGACUGAAAAUGCAGAGGUCAAAUUGGUGGACUUUGGUGUGAGUGCCCAGCUCGACCGCACCGUUGGUCGCAGGAACACCUUCAUUGGCACUCCAUACUGGAUGGCACCUGAGGUCAUUGCCUGUGAUGAAAACCCUGAUGCUACCUAUGACUACAGGAGUGAUCUGUGGUCUUGUGGAAUCACGGCUAUAGAGAUGGCUGAGGGAGCACCACCACUGUGCGACAUGCACCCGAUGAGAGCACUCUUCCUUAUUCCCAGAAACCCUCCACCCAGACUCAAAUCCAAAAAAUGGUCCAAGAAAUUUUUUAGCUUUAUUGAAGGCUGCCUGGUAAAGAACUACACACAGAGGCCUCCUACAGACCAGCUGCUGAAGCACCCCUUCAUCCGGGACCAGCCCAACGAGAGACAAGUGCGCAUCCAGCUCAAAGACCACAUCGACCGUACUCGCAAGAAGAGAGGAGAGAAAGAUGAGACUGAGUAUGAAUACAGUGGUAGUGAGGAAGAGGAGGAGGAAGCCCCUGAGCAGGAAGGAGAGCCAAGCUCUAUUGUCAAUGUGCCGGGCGAGUCGACCCUGCGGCGGGACUUCAUCCGCCUCCAGCAGGAGAACAAGGAGCGUUCCGAGGCGCUGCGGAGGCAGCAGCUCCUACAAGAGCAGCAGCUCCGUGAGCAGGAGGAGUACAAGCGCCAACUGCUGGCCGAGCGGCAGAAGCGCAUUGAGCAGCAGAAGGAACAGAGGAGGAGGCUCGAGGAGCAACAACGGCGUGAGCGAGAGAUGCGGAGGCAGCAGGAAAGAGAGCAGAGGAGGCGCGAGCAAGAGGAGAAGAGGCGCCUGGAAGAGAUGGAGCGCAGGCGCAAAGAAGAGGAGGAGCGCAGAAGGGCUGAAGAGGAGAAGAGGAGAGCAGACCGCGAGCAGGAGUACAUCCGUCGCCAGCUGGAGGAGGAGCAAAGGCACCUAGAAAUACUACAGCAGCAACUUUUGCAUGAGCAAGCCAUGCUGCUGGAGUUUAAGUGGAGAGAGCUGGAGGAGCAGAGGCAGGCCGAGAGACUACAAAGACAGUUACAGCAGGAGCAGUCCUACCUGCUUUCUCUCCAACAACCCAGAAAUCCCCAACAGCAGCCUCAACCACAACAAGCAGAUAUGACUAGAAAUCCCCAGCAGACCCCAUCUUCAGCUCAGAGGAGCAAAUUUCCCCAGCAGCAACAGCAGCCUUUGGCUCAAAAGUGCAAAAAAAGUCCACCAAAGCAUCAAGACAAGAACAAAAACCAACAACCCCAUCAUUCAGUACCCCAAGACAGGUCUAGAAUUCCGCAGUUACAGCACUGUGCGGUAGACAGGACCAAAACUCCCCCAUUACCUCUCCAGUCCUCACAGGAUCGAAGCAGGAUUCCUCAGCUGCAGCAGAGCUUGCAAGAAAAAAACAGGAUCCUGCAACCUCAGCAGGCCGCCCAGUCAGACAAGGAGCUCCCAUCGGAAGCAAGUCGUGGAUCCGGCUUGCAGCAUAACCAAACACACAGGAGCCUCAACUCCCAGCCUCAGCAGCCCACCCAGGACGAGGGUCAAACCAUUCGAGUGCUUCCAACAGAAUCUCAGGGCUCUGCCCCCGACUUUGAGCCAGUCCGAGAGGCAGAUGAGCGGCACCGCAGGAACGUGCAGGGUUCUCCACAGGCUGCAGGGUCUCAGAAGCAGCCCCCUGCCGUGCCGCCAAGGGCUGAACCCUUUUCCAAUGGCAACGCCUCCGAGCAGGCCCAGCCUGCAAUGCAUCGGCCCAUGGAACCACAGGUUCCGGUAAGAACAACCUCUAGGUCACCCAUACUCUCUCGCCGAGAAUCCCCCCACCAAGGCAGCGUGCUGCAGGCUCAGAGGAAUUCUGGAAGUAACGCUGAACCACGAUUGCUAUGGGAACGUGUAGAGAGGAUGGGCCCUCGGCCCAGCAGUAGCAGCAGCUCAUCAGGGUCUAGUUCCACCUCCAGCAACUCCAACAGUGGAUCAGGAGAGAGAUUCAGACCACGCACCUCUUCUAAAUCUGAGAGUUCCCCGCAGUGGCCGGAGCAUACAUCCAAAAAAACUGAGGAGAAGAAGGAUUUGGCCCGGCCCGGGCAUGUGGUGGCUGAAGUGGAUUUGACAGCACUGGCCAAAGAGUUGCGUGCAGUGGAGGACGUACGGCCACCCCACAAGGUCACGGACUAUUCUUCCUCUAGCGAUGACUCUGGAACUACUGACGAUGAGGAUGACGAAGAAGUGGAUCAGGAGGGAGGAGAGGAAUCCACUUCAGGCCCAGAGGACUCACGGGGGGGCUCAUCCAGACUAAGCAAUGGCGAGACGGAGUCAGUGAAGACAAUGGUUGUCCAUGAAGAUGGUGACGAUGCCUCUUUCACCCAAUGCAAAGAUAGCACGCUAGUCGUCCGACAGAGCUCAGGGGAUGUAAAAAAACGGCCAGUGCCAGGGUCAGGCUUUGGUCUCCCCACUGGUGCAGUCCUGCAGGGGAUCCAGGACCGGAAUGACUUUUCAGGCCGAAUUCAUCUCUUGCCUGACCUGCUCCAGCAGAGUCAGCCCUCGCCCCCUUCUUCCUGCCCCUCUACCCCCUCCUCCUCCUCAUACCACAGCAGCCCUACCUUGUCCCCCCUCAUGCCCCUGGACAGGUCGCCCUGCCCUAUGGAGUCCCAGUCCACCACAAUGCAGAAGCACAAGUCCUCCUCUUCCUUCACUCCCUUCAUUGACCCACGCCUGCUCCAGAUCUCUCCGUCUACUGGCAGUGCCCUCAACAAUGUUGGUUAUGGGAAUGACGCACGGCUGCAGGAGGCCCUGAGGCAGGAUGCAUCUCGUAAGGGCUCAGUGGUUAACGUCAACCCUGUGAACACCAGGCCACAGAGCGACACGCCUGAGAUCCGCAAAUACAAGAAGAGGUUCAACUCGGAAAUCCUGUGUGCUGCUCUCUGGGGUGUGAAUUUGUUGGUCGGCACAGAGAGCGGUCUGAUGUUACUUGACCGUAGUGGUCAGGGGAAGGUCUAUCCCCUCAUCAACCGUAGGCGCUUUCAACAAAUGGAUGUCCUGGAAGGCCUUAAUGUGCUAGUGACCAUAUCAGGGAAAAAGAACAAGUUGCGGGUGUACUACCUGUCCUGGCUGAGGAACAAGAUUCUCCACAAUGACCCUGAGGUGGAGAAGAAGCAGGGCUGGACCACUGUAGGGGACCUGGAGGGGUGCGUCCACUACAAAGUCGUGAAAUAUGAGAGGAUCAAGUUUCUCGUUCUUGCUCUGAAGAACUCUGUGGAGGUGUAUGCUUGGGCUCCGAAGCCCUACCAUAAGUUCAUGGCUUUUAAGUCAUUUGGUGACCUGGUACACAAGCCUCUCCUGGUUGACCUGACAGUGGAGGAAGGCCAGAGGUUAAAGGUCAUCUAUGGAUCCUGCUCAGGGUUCCAUGCUGUGGAUGUGGACUCAGGAGCUGUGUACGACAUCUAUCUGCCCACUCACAUCCAGACAAGUAUUCAGUCCCAUGCCAUCAUCAUUCUGCCAAACACAGAUGGUAUAGAGCUUCUAGUGUGUUACGAGGACGAGGGGGUGUACGUCAACACUUACGGCCGUAUCACAAAAGACGUGGUGCUACAGUGGGGAGAGAUGCCUACCUCUGUGGCAUACAUUCGCUCCAACCAGAUUAUGGGCUGGGGAGAGAAGGCCAUUGAGAUUCGUUCUGUAGAGACUGGCCACCUGGAUGGAGUCUUCAUGCAUAAGAGGGCUCAAAGGCUCAAGUUCCUGUGUGAACGGAACGACAAGGUUUUCUUUGCAUCGGUGCGUUCCGGAGGUUCCAGCCAGGUGUACUUUAUGACCCUGGGGCGAACCUCCUUACUCAGCUGGUAAACAACAAGUCCUCUUCAUGUUGCUAUGACGUCAGCAUAGAAAAGAAAUACAACCACCGUGAAUUGAACGAUGACUGGAGUUCCCCAAUGUGAUGAGCAGAAGCUGUGCUAAACGAAUGGCUUUCGUUGCAAGACAACCUGAGAAGCUGUAUAGAAAUUUCAACUUAGAUGAUUACACAAAAAAGCAAAGAAAAAAAAAAAACAGGAGC